AUGGGUAGACCCACCAAACGCACUCAACUCUGCCGCGAGCUUGCCAGAAAAAGGAAAAAAUCUGAUCUUUCUUAUAAUACAACAGCGGACGACGUUCUUAUUAGUGAUAAUUGUUAUUUUACAGAAGAUGCGAUUGGAGACAAAUUAAAUGACGAAGCGGAAGACGCGAUUAGAGAAGAGAAUAAUGAAUUUGAGGAAGAGGGAGAGCGAGGUGUCAUCGGACCAAGCGGACGGUUUCGUGAAAUAUGGCCGGAAAUUGAUCCAGUAUACGAUAGCGAUACUUCAACCGAAGACGUACAGAAUACAGUCGGAAAUAUAUCAAUGGAGUGGUACGAUGACUUCCCCCACAUCGGCUAUGAUAUUGAUGGGCAAAAGGUUAUGAAGCCUGCCAUAGGAGAUGAACUUGAUAAGUUCUUAGAUAAAUUAGAUGAUCCUGAUUCAUGGAUGUCUGCCAAGGAUGAUCUUAUGCAGCGAGAUGUGAAAUUGACGGAUGAAGAAUUAGAAAUAAUUCGCAGAAUCCAGAUGCAUGAAAUGCCAGAUAAAUAUUACAAUCCAUAUGAACCCACUUUCGAAUGGUUUACAAGUAAACCGAUGGUUAUGCCGUUAACUGCUGCCCCAGAACCAAAACGACGAUUUGUUCCAUCUCGUUGGGAAGCGAAAAAGAUCAUGAAAAUUGCCCGUGCAAUACGGGAAGGCCGCAUUCUUCCUCGUAAAAGACAAGCUGAAUCGCCCCGAUUCUAUGACCUCUGGACUGAUACCGAACAAUCUCGUUCAGAUAAUCCAAUGCAUCUGCCUGCCCCCAAAAUAAAACUACCGGAACACGACGAAAGCUAUAACCCGCCUGAAGAAUAUUUUUUAAAAGAUAGAUUCGAGAGGUGUCUUGAUUUGUAUCUAGCCCCUCGCGUACGGAAGAACAAGCUCAACAUCGAUCCAGAAUCUUUAAUUCCUAAGCUUCCUCACCCGAGAGACUUGCAGCCUUUUCCAACCACUCUCACCCUGUCAUACAACGGUCAUACUGGUCGUGUUCGCACAUUUUCUAUCGAUCCUACUGGAUUAUGGCUAGUUUCCGGUUCCGAUGAUCGGACAAUACGAAUGUGGGAAGUUACUACCGGUCGAUGUGUGCAGGCGUGGGACGUUGAGGAUAUCGUAUAUUCCAUCGCCUGGUGUCCUAAUAAAGACAUCUGGGUAUUUGCCGUGACGCUUUCAAAUAAGGUUGCUUUUAUAUCACCACGUCUUAUGUGUAGUGAAGAAGUAUCGAAUUUUGCAGUGAAAUAUGCGUCUGCUGGAUUUAAUAUGCAGAAAGCUGACAAAAAGCCUGGUGUUGUUGAAUGGCUUAAACCAACAGAAAACCAAAGACAAUAUGGAUAUGUAGUCAUUAUAUCACAUCUGCACGACCAUAUUGUGAAACAGGUUACCUGGCAUCGCAAGGGCGAUUAUUUCGCAACUCUCGCGCCAGAUGCUGGAACACAGGGUAUUGUAAUUCAUCAAUUGACGAGGCAUCAUAGUCAGCAACCAUUCCGUAAGAUUAAAGGUUUAAUACAGCGAGUGAUAUUCCAUCCGAUAAAGCCAAUUUUUUUUGUGGCCACACAGAGAUACGUUCGCGUGUACAAUUUGAUAAAACAGGAACUCUCCAAAACGCUUUUGUCAGGAGUCAAAUGGAUAUCGAGUAUAGACAUUCAUCCGAUGGGGGAUAAUGUUAUUGUCGGAAGUUAUGACAAGCGAUUAUGUUGGUUUGAUUUGGAUUUGUCGGCAAGGCCAUAUCGAACUCUUCAAUACCAUAAAAUGGCAACUCGCUGUGUGGCAUUCCAUAAGAGGCUUCCACUGUUUGCAUCGUGUAGCGACGAUGGGACUAUUCAGAUAUUUCAUGGAACGGUGUAUAACGAUUUAUUGCAGAACCCAUUGAUAGUGCCGGUGAAGAUAUUAAAGGGAGGACAUGAUAUUGUUAAUAGUUUAGGUGUAUUGUAUUGUGAAUUUCAUCCUUCGCAUCCUUGGAUUUUGUCUUCUGGUGCAGAUCACAAAAUAAACCUAUGGACUUGUUGA